AUGGACAAGCCACCUAUUAAUUCUCGAUAAUUUUCAAGAUAAAAAAGCUAACCUCUCAUAAAACCAAUUACACCUUAAGUUUAUAGAAAUAUUAAUAUAUUUUUAGAAUAACUUUCGAAUCAGUAGUCAUAAUCAAUUUUAAAACAAACCUAAGCUAUAAAGAACAUCCAAUAAUUUUUUUAAUAAUAGUCAGGAGUGCUUAAAGAAUGAAAAUUAGAAUGUUAGUAAAAAGAAAUUGGGAUAGGAUUAUAAAUAGUUUUAUUUUGAGAAGGAAGAUCAAGAAGAAGAAGUUUCAUUUAAAUAAUUAUGCUUAGAAAUGAGUAAAUUUUUAUGA